AUGUCUGUCUCCACUGCAUCCACCUCCCGCCCGACCGUCUUCGGUCUCUUCACCCGCCCGGCCACACCUGAACUCGACCUCGAGGCUCAGUUACCCCAGCCAACACCGGCACACACACACUCAGCACGCACCAGUGCGUCUGUCGACGAAACGACAUCCGACCCCAUCGACGACUUCUUCGGAGCUUCGCGCCCUUCGAGCUCGCGUCGCACUCUGAGCUUGACCGGUACGCGCGACAGCCGUCACGACGACGCACACGCUGCGACCCCCAUCGAGGUCGAGGCUGUCGCACCACCUCCAUACGAGUGCUCCAUCGAGCCUCCCGCCUACACGACGGUGUCAGACCAGCCGACUCUCGCCAUGUACCUCUUCAAGUACGGCUUUCUCUUCCCCCUCUUCUGGGUAGCAGGAGCCUUCAUCUUGCUCUCGCCGCUCCAGGCGCCGUCGGACUGGGAGACGACAAAGCCGGAGUACGAGCGCCAGGAGAUCAUCGAGUCUAUGCGGCGUGCGGAGGUGAAGUGGGCUAAACGGUGUCUCAUUGCGCUCCUCGUCUCGACCCUCAUCGGCGCCGCCAUCGCGCUCACCGCCGUCCUCGUCAUGCGUACAUGACCGACUCGCGCACAUGCGCGCCCUCGACCACUCAUGCAAACACAAUGCGAGCGUCCCGCCAUCCAUUGUCCCCCCUCCCCUCUGGGCCCACUAAACCUGCCUCACCUAACAAUCGGCAUCCCUCUUCCUCGGACCCAUGAAAUCCC